CCCUCAUGUUACAAGUUCACGUCAGGAAGAGGGAAAUCUCAAAGUUUGGUGAAAACGUAAACAAAGCAUGACAUUUUGUAUCGCUGGUUAGUUGGAGGCAAAAACCAGAGGUCCAAAUUAACAACAUAUUACGCUUAUUUUAGGCCGUUUCUUGUUGGCCAUAUGACGACCAUGGACACAAAUACUUUGUUGCUCCGGUUUGAUGGACGCUCGCGGUUGCUGCUCCGUUCUUUACUCUCGGGAGCUACCGGUGCCCGUCGAGGUCUGUGGGUGUUCCAGCGGCAGCGACGGUCAGACCCGGACCGCUGCCUACACACCUGUCUCGAGACUCUUUGCCAGCAGGAAAUAUGCCUAAACAGUGAUGCUCAGACCCUGACAACCAAACCACUUGUGUGCCUGUUUCCAGUUGACUUCCAACGGAGUCUCGUGUCCUUCCUCCAUCUCACCCACCCUUUGCAUCCCCGGACCAGUGUCCUUCGCCUGCUAGACUGCCUCAGCCAGGGGGAGCAUGCCCCAAACCCCUGGGUGUCUGCCCUGGUCGUACAGCUCCGGAGAGACCUGGGAGCCCCUGGGGGGAAGGAGCCUCUAAUCACCCCCCAGUGCAGAGAAAGACUAAGGGGACUAUGUGAGCGUCUGAGGGGUAGUAGUGGUGGUGGUAAUGAUAAAGCAACAGGAUGGGCCUUGUGUUUAGGUGGACCAAUAGAGCCACAACUGUCCUCGUCCUCACAGAGUGGACUAUACGUGGUUCCACAGAGGAAGAGGAAGAGCAGUUGUGUAGAUCUGGACUCAGAACCUGAGGACAACGCCGGACAGCAGCGUAAGAGGAUGAAGACAAGUCUCUCUCCUGUGGACACUGAGAGGAGUUGUAGCAGUAUGGGCUAUGUGGUGGGAACGGAGGGUUUGAAAGAUGAGGUGGAGACGGACCGGGUGGAUUGUGUCAUCCCAGAACCAGCUGUGGAACCGCAGCCAGCAGCAGGGAGUCCAAGUGAUGCCCUGCCUGAGAAUGUAAAGGCUUCUAUCCCUCAAAUCAAGGAAAUCUUGGAAAGUGAGAUGGAGUGGGACCAGAGCUCAGUGGAUGUCUUCAAGGUGCUGAACGACUGUGACCCCUCCCAGGUCGAGAUCUUAUGUAGGAUGCUGAGUUUGUCUGAGAUGCCAGAACAGACCCUACCUCAGCUCUGUAGCUGCCUGCUGGAACUCUCUCCUGAUCUCAGUCACAGCACAGCAGCCACACUCAUCAAGAGUCUCCUGCUGGGAAAGGUUCUGUCCCUUUCUGAACCUGCCUCACGCUGUCUAGUCACGGCUGUGACGUCACUAUGCAGUCGCUACCCCAGGCCAACCUGCCACGCUCUGAUUGGACCAGUCCUGGAGGAAGGGCAGAUAGGCAGUGCACAGGCUGAGCUGCUCAACAGAUUGAUAGAAGACGGCCUGGAUCCCCACUACAGACUGCUGGUGUUUCAAAUGACAAUCAAAGGCAUUUGGUGUGAAGGACUGCUGUCUGUCUUUCAUGCCCUGCUGGACAAGAAGCUGGAGCUGAAUGAAGAGCUGUUCACACUCUUCACUGAACAGCUAAGCUCCCAGGCACCUCACUUCACCAAGUCCAUGAAGUAUGCCAAGAUGAUGCUCACUGUGCUGACCAAGUAUAACACGCAUGUAACUGUGGCUCACAAACACACACUGUCCUGCUGCUUGUCCUCCAAUGAGACAUUCUUGAAGAAGUCCCUUCAAGCUGCCCUGAAGAGAAUCAAACAUUCAUGAAAUACUGUCUGAAUCACAAUACUGUUAAACUAUUAAAUUAAUUAUAAUGCCUGAGUACAGUAAAUGGUAGGGUAUUUUAAAGUCAUUUUACUAAAAUGGUAUGUCAGCUGUGUUUAAAAAAAAAAAAAAUACAAGUCGGACGUUUGUUGUUUCAUAUUGAUCUAAUGUAAAAAUUCUGGAAUUCUGCAAGAACUUGCAUAGCAUACAUAAACCUGUAUGUAUAAACAAUGUUGCAAAUGUCAGCAUUUAACCAAUAAGCAUUCAGACCCACUAGUUGUAAUAAAAGCCAACAUGCACAGAAA